AUGUUUCGGAUGCCAUACAUCCCAAAAUACAACGGGACCACUAAUCCCAACGAGCACAUCACUAUAUAUACUUGUGGCAUAAAAGGAAAUGAUUUGGAAGAUGAUGAGAUUGAGUCUGUUUUGCUAAAAAGGUUUAGGGAAACUCUGUCUAAGGGUGCCAUGAUUUGGUACCAUAACUUACCCCCGAACUCUAUUGAUUCGUUUGCCAUGUUGGCAGACUUAUUUGUAAAGGCAUAUGCCGGUACCAUAAAAGUUGUAACAAGGAGGUCCGAUGUAUUCAAAAUAAAUCAAAGGGAGAACGAGGUGCUGAGAGAGUUUGUAUCCCAUUUCCAGUCAGAACGAAUGGAGGUACCACUAGUCUCCUAUGACUGGGCCGUGCAAGCCUUCACAUAUGGGCAAAAUGAACGAAGUUCGAUAGCUUCAAAGCAGCUGAAGCAAAUCUUGAUUGAGUAUUCCGCCAUGACUUGGGCGGAUGUGCAUAACAGGUACCAAUCAAAAAUUAGGGUCGAGGCUGACCAUUUGGGAGCCCCCUCGGGCUCAGUUUAUCCAAGCAGGUUACUAGCAAAGGAGUCAGGAAAUGCAAACAGGGGGUCAAGAUCGAAUAAGGAAAGAUAUCAGCCAUACGUCGAGGAUAGAAGGAACAUUUCAAGGCGUAACAUACCUCGGGAUGAUUGA